AAAAUUCCACAGAGGAACUGCCAAGGAAUGAGGAGACUCCAUUUUUAUUUAAAUGCAUGGCAGGAAAAAUAAAAGAAAAAAACAAAAGUUCACGGGCGGACUCAAUUAUUACCAUUCGCCAAUAUAUGGAGCAGCGCAAUGCUCUUCAUGACAGCGAUCCGCUCCAAUAUUGGCAGAUUAACAAGGAACAUUUAUUUGCACUUGGACAAUGCGCAAUAAAAUUCUUGUGUAUACCAGCAAGUUCAGCUGAAUCAGAGCGCACAUUUAGUAAAACAGGAGCUAUUGUGACGGAACGGAGAGCAUGUUUAAAACCUAAACAAGUGAACACAUUGGUUUUUAUUAACAAAAAUCAAUGGCUACUUUAAAAUAACUGUGAUAUUGGAACGAAUUGUUUUUUUUUUUUUAAUAAGAACCUCUCAUUAGCAUUAAGUUUGGAAAUCACCUUUUGUUUUGUAGUAUUUAAGAGUAGCAGCUAUCCGCUGCAUAGUACAAUAAGGACCUCUCAUUAGCAUUAAGUUCGGAAAUCGCCUUUUGUUUUGUAGUAUUUAAGAGUAGCAGCUAUCCGCUGCAUAGUACAAUAAGGACCUCUCAUUAGCAUUAAGUUUGGAAAUCGCCUUUUGUUUUGUUUUUGCUUAGAGAGAUUUUUGUUUUCGUUUUUUGGACUUAGGACGAGAAGUCACCCUUUUUUUUAUCUUCAAGUUUAAC